GUACCCCCUGGAGUGCCUUAAGUACCCCCAUUUGAGAACCACUGCUCGGGCUCUGGUUAUGCCUACACGUUGUUUUUUUCCAUCAACUCAUAACGAUUGUUACGUAGCCUAUCUAUGCUUUAACACCCGAUGAUGUAACAAUAGUUAGAAUAACAUAGCUUACAUUCCAUUCCAUUUCAACGGGUAUAAAAACACAGGCAGCGCUUUAAUAUCAUUAUUCGGAGAGCGACUUUAAUAUCAUUAUUCACGACAACGAGCGACUUGGUCCUUCACAACUCAUCAGUCCAACAAGUGAUUUCAGAAAAUAUAUUGAUUUCCACAAUGGAUCGACUCAGCGAGGGUCUGAGAGCAGCCCUGAGUACGGCCGCAGCAGGCAAGCUGCAAAGGUAUCUUGAUGAAACGGCCGAGGAGGCACAGCAGAGAGAAAGAGCCAUGAGGUUGACGAUUGAGAAGGUCCUACAGGACCUUACAGAGGCGGAGAAAUCCAGUCAGGCAGCGAGUGAGGAGAGACAAAGAGAGAGAGCGAAGAAGAAAGCAGCUAUAGAGGCCAGCAUACGCGACAAAGAGGAGGAGAUUAGUUUAGAGCUCAAUCUAAUGACACAUAGAGUAAGGACGCUGACCGAGAACAUAGAGAUGGAGAGACAGAAACUUGUAUCUCUGGAGGAAGAUUACCAGAGGACUGUCGCUCUCCUGGAGAAGGAGUACGUGUAUGACUAUGAUAAAAUGAUGAUCAAUGAGCCAGAGCGCAUCAAGGCAGAGUCUGACAAUUGGGUCAGAUGGACCCAUGAGAGAGUGAACAGCACCUUGGCAACGGCACUGACAGCUGCUGCUACCAAGCAAAAGUGGCUAAAGGAGCUGGUAAACCAGGCUGAAAAAAGGAUGGUGGUAUCUGUUCCUCAGGUGUCAGGUGGGCCUGCUCAAGAGGUUAGCAACACCAACAAGUCGUGUCUUAAUGAUGGCCUCCAGUCUCUGAGCUUCAGCAGCCAGAGAGCUGAACAGAUAAUUGUUCAGAAGCAGACAUUCCAGGGAAAGAUCGACACAAAGUUUGAGAAGAAGAUGGCACGUCUCGUGUCUGAGGCCACCAAAAAGGAGGAGAAGAUCAAAGCUGCCGAGAUGAAAAAGAGGAUGCAGCUGGAGGAGAAGACGAGGAAAGAGCUGGAUAGAAUACACAAGGCUGAGCUGAAGGAAAAGAAGAGGAAGGGGGCUAAGGAGAAGAAAGAAGCCGAAAAACUGGAGAGGAAGAGGGCAAAAGAGGAGAGGGCCGAGACCAGACAGACCAGAUGUUGUUUCUGCUGGAGGAAAUCUUCCAGUCCAAAGGACAAUGCUGAAGAACUCAAUUCUUAAAAAUGUUGAGCAUUAAAUCAAUAUUUUUCAAUC